AUGUACUGGAAGAGUCUCGGCAGUGACCCAGCUGGUAGCAAGGCAGCAGCAGGAACUGGAGUCCAGAAUUGUUGCUUCCGCAGAGGUAGGACAGCCUCACGGAGGGCACGGAGGACGAGCUUCGUUGGCGGUCGUCAGUACCCGACCGUGGACUACGACAACUACGGCCUGUCCAUGCUCAACAACGGCAUCCGAAUUAACGGGGCGGUGAGAACCUGA